AUGUGCGGAUGGGAACGCCAGCGAUAUGAUCAGGACCGGAGAAUGCGUGGAUUGGGUGCCCAGACUACUGAUAGCCAAAUGGAGGGUGUUCCAUACGGUCUUAAUAGAAGGCGCAAGUCAGAGACUCUUCGUGCUCAGUAUAUCGAUGUCAAGGAACUGAGGGUCUGCAUAGGAACUUGGAAUGUUGCAGGCAAACUUCCACCUCAAGAUUUGGAUAUUCAAGAAUGGUUGGAUAUGAAGGAGCCGGCUGACAUAUAUGUUCUUGGAUUUCAAGAAGUUGUUCCAUUAAAUGCUGGGAAUAUAUUUGGUGCGGAAGACAACCGUCCUGCUUCCAUGUGGGAGCAUAUCAUUCGUGAAACACUGAAUAAGAUUAGUCCAGAUAAACCAAAAUAUAAAAGUCACAGUGAUCCUCCAUCUCCAUCAAGGUUCAAGCCAUCUGAUGACGCUCUUGCAAUGGAAGAUGAACUUAAUAGCGAGUCUGACAGCGAAAGUGGUGGGGAAGUGCACCCAUGGAACGAACAAGAUUUAGUUGUUGUUGAUGAUGAUGAUAGUCAUAGCAACAGACUUGAACACUCCACUUCUGCUCCUGACGAAUCUAUUCUACAGGCUGAUAACUUCAGCAAGUUGCCUUCAAUGAAGACUUUCAAUAGAUCCCAUAACAUAGUAAGUUUUAAAGAUUACACCUCUCUUUUGGAAGAGCCGAUCAACCAAAAGAUGUUAACCAAGACACUCAGUCACUCGGAGAGGCUUGGAAUGAUUUGGCCAGAACAACCAUUGGAUAUGUUGGCUCAAUGUCUUCCAGACAGCACACAACCGUUUGCUUCCGGGAAGGCACUAAAAACAUAUUUGUCUUUCAAAUCAGUUAAUGAAGAUUCCUGUGCUUUUCCCGAGGAUAGUGCACUUCAUGGUUUAAACAUUGAAAGUGUGGUAGCUAAAGGAAAAAGACCAUACUUUGUUAGGAUAAUAAGCAAGCAGAUGGUCGGAGUAUUUCUCACAAUAUGGGUACGAAGGAGCCUGCGAAAGCGCAUUCAGAAUGUGAAAGUAUCAACUGUAGGUGUAGGUGCUAUGGGGUACAUUGGUAACAAGGGAUCAAUAGCAGUAAGUAUGUCGAUAUAUCAGACACACUUCUGCUUUCUUUGUUGUCACCUGACCUCUGGAGAAAAGGAAGGAGAUGAACAAAAAAGGAAUGCGGAUGUGCAAGAGAUCCAUCGAAGGACAGUAUUUAAUUCCAGAGUGAGCACGCCUAAGACAAUAUAUGACCACGAAAGGAUAUUCUGGCUAGGGGAUCUGAAUUAUAGGAUCAACUUAUCAUACGAAAAAACACAUGAGUUUAUCUCCAACCACGACUGGAAUGGAUUGUUUGAGAAAGACCAGCUAAGAAGAGAACUGAGGAAAGGACGUUUAUUUGAUGGGUGGACUGAAGGAGUUAUCAGCUUUUCUCCAACAUACAAGUACCGGUUUAACUCGAAGAAGUACACAAGUGAUGAGCCAAAAUCUGGGAGAAGGACACCUUCAUGGUGCGACCGAAUUCUUUCGUACGGCAAGGGAAUGAGGUUAUUGUCCUAUGAGACGGUUGACAUGAGGCUAUCCGAUCACCGCCCCGUUAAAGCCGUGUACACGGUUGAUACAGAGGUUUUCAGCCCCAAAAAGUUGCAGAGAGCUCUCACCUUCACCGACGCGGAGGUCGAGGACCGGCUGUCCUCUGAGGACGAGCGCAUCGCUGGAAUCUACAGCCUUGGGCUGUCUUCAAGUCCAAGUUCUCCUAUGCGCGAUUUUUAUCUCGACCAGAGAUUGUAUUUCAGUUCCAGGAAGCGUAUAGACCAGGCAAAGGCAAGUGGCGUUCAAGAUAGACCGUCUGAAUCCGGGAGUGGCUGGUCUAAUACGAGCGAGCGAGCCCGGGUGGAAGGAACCCCAAUGGCACUUAGGCUAUCGACUCCAGGAAAAGAGGCAAGACUCCCACGCCAAAGGCGAGAUCGCAGGCCGACGGCCGAUCGCACUCGCACGGCGGGCCAAGGUGGAGGUCAGUGA